AUGGUUUCAGAUUUUUUGUGCGCGCUCUCCGCGAACAAAUACCAGAUCGAGUUUCUCGAGUUUACCAUCAGCGAUUAUGUUACCAAGAACAUAAUUUUCAUGGUGGGGCGGGACUACCCGCCUCCGAUUGACCUUGACCUCGACUUGGGCAGCCUGGACGAGAACGCGUACCGCCUCAUCAAGUACGAGUUUUCGGAAGAUGUUCUUCGGUUACCGUCGAUACAAACGUCACUGGUGUUUUCCGUGGGAGAGCAGGAGGUACCAAACUUUAGAAUGGUGGAGAGACACUACUUUCGAGACCAGUUGGUCAAGAGCUACGAUUUUGGGUUCGGCUUUUGCAUCCCUGCGAGCACGAACACUUGGGACGCGGUCUACCAGGUUCCUCCGCUUGACGAGGACCUAAUCGAAGAAAUGAUAGCAAACCCGUUUGAGACCAAGUCGGACAGCUUUUACUUUGUGGAUGACGAGCUCAUCAUGCACAACAAGGCCAGCUACAAGUACGUCCCUGAGGACACCGCCCAGGCUAAAAAGAGCUACGAGGACCGGUAUGCGGGGGCCAAGGGGACAAAGAAACAGGCGUCAAAAUACGAUUCUGAUGAAGAGGAGGGGGGUUGCAGUGGCGAUGGAAGCGAAGAGGGCGGCGACCGAAACCACAACAACAACGGCGGCGAGCAAAAGGCCGGGGGCAAGUACGACGAGGAAGACGGCGACGGUGGAGGAAGCCGUAGCAGGCGGGGUAGCGCUGAGAGCGGAGGGUUGGGAGAUGACCGAGGGGGUGACGAUGACGACCCUUGGUCGAAAGAGACCGACUACUACUGA